AAGUAGGAGUUGAGUCCCCUCCUUUGAGAACUCAUCCCCUUUUCCUUCUGAGAACAUGUCUGGCUGUGGUUGUGGCUCUAGUUGUGGCUGCGGCAGCGACUGCAAAUGUGGCAAGAUGUACCCUGACCUGGGUUCCUCGGAGAAAGCCACCACCGCUGCCACCAUCAUCACCGGGGUCGCACCAGUGAAGAUGCACUCUGAGGGAUCGGAGAUGAGCCUGGAAGGAGGGAAAGGCUGCAAGUCUGGGAAUGCCUGCAAGUGCGGAAAUAGCUGCAACUGCGAUCCAUGCAACUGCUAGAGGCGAAUAAGCAAGAAGAUGGGAACAGUGCCUCAAGUAUCUAUGGUCUAUUUAAAUAAGGGAAAGAAGAAAAAAAUGGAAGUGGAUUCCUGGUUGUGUGACUGUUAUUAGUUGUUGUGGAUGUAAGGUCUGUAAAAAUAAGGCAGCCAUGGGGGCUUGCAGAGCUUUCAUGGCUACCGCCUAGGUGACUUCGUUAUAUUUUAAUGUGCUUGUUAGUGUGAUGCAUGUAUGAUGUGUGGAAGGAAGGUUUGAAUUAUAUUUUAUAUGAAUAGCUCCUUUCAGUCA